AUGUCGCUUCGCCACCGCUCCACCUCACCUCGCGCGCCGCUCCACCUCCGCCGUGAUGCCUCCCCGCAGCCGCUCGAGCGCCUGCUACCGCGGGUGCGCACACGUCCGAACGAGACAUUCUACACCGAGAUCCAGAGCGGCGAGGAGCGCAUUGGGCUCGGCACGUUCGAGACGGCGCACGAGGCGGUGCGCGCGUACGAUGCGGUCGCCUGGUGCCUCGGCCACUCUCGUAGGUCCAUGAACUUCUCCGACGUCUGGACGCGGCAGCAGGGGGAAGCCCUCGCGCCACCGCCGCCAACCGUCAUGCGGGAGGCAAGGCAGCAGCAGCGUGAGCUCGAACAACGCCUCGUCAUCGCCGAGCGGGACAAGCGCAUGCGCCUCGAGUGGGCCCAAAGCUUCUCAGAGGCUGUGGCCGUGGAGGUCGCCUUCUACGCUGGAGAAGGAAAAUCAUCUACUCGGGAAAACGAAUUAUUGGUCUGA